CGCCAGAUGCAGUGUACUGCCUCAUACACUUUACCCAGCACACAACCACCCCUUCCUUCCAUAAAAAAAAACGCAAGCCAAACCAAAACACCCACAGACACCCACAGACACCCACAGACCAAACAAAAUGCGCCUCCCCUACGCCCCCGCAACCGCACCACCAGGCAACGCCACAACAGCCGCAAUCUACUCGCGCAUCGCGGCGCGCCGGGCUCCCCGCCCGUUAAUCCCGCUCGACCUCUCCCUCCUACACUCCCCACCAGUCGCAGACGGAUGGAACAGCUUCCUGGGCGCGAUUCGCACGCAGACAGUGAUUGACGCCGGGGUGCUGGAGCUAGCGGUGUGCCGGGUGGCGGUGCUGACGGGGGCGGUAUACGAGUGGAACGCGCACGCGCCGCUGGCGCUGCGGGGCGGGGUGACGGGGGCGGCGCUGCAGGCGGUGCGGAGCGUGGCGGCCACGGCAGAGGCGGAGGCGCCGACGCCCGAGCUGGUGAGCAGUGCGCUGAGCGCGCGCGAGCAGGCGGUUGUGCGGUAUGCGGAUGAGAUGACGCUUCGGGUGCGGGUGCGGGAUGAGACGUUUGCAGCGCUGCGGAGCGAGGCGGUCGGGUUCAGUGAGCGGGAGGUUGUCGAGUUGACUGCUGGCAUUGCGGGGUAUAAUUGUGUGAGUCGGGUGCUGGUUGCUUUGGAUGUUGGGGAGAAUAAUGGGAGGGAGAUGAGAAGUGUUGAGGACUUAGUACAGGAGUUACAGAAGUAGAUUUAUUUCAGGAGUGAGGUUGCUGGGAAGCUGAAAGGAAGGGGGGCCCGGGGGUUCUCCCCCGGGGUACUUUAUCAUAGUUCAUAUAAGAUUGAGGUGAACCAGGAAGCUGAAAGGAAAGGGGGG